AUGCUUCUCCGCCACAUCGUCUUCGCCGCCUUCGCCGGCCUGGCACUCGCCCGCGAGGAAGGCCGUCCCUGCGGCCUCAAGAUCGCUCCCUGCCCGGAAGACUACUACUGCCGCCCCGACUCACCUUCGUGCACCGACCUCGAUCGCUGCCGCGGCACCUGCGUCCGACGCAACAAAUACCCUUCUUGCGGCGGCAGGACCGUCACUCCGCGCCCCUGCGCCCCGGGAACACACUGCAUCGACGACCCGCGCGAGCCAGGCGGUUGCGGUAUGGCCUGUGACAAGCCCGGCAUCUGCGUGCCCGACAAGCCCGUCUCGUGCGGCGGAUUUGCGGGCUUCUUGUGCCCGGCCGGGUUGUCCUGCUACGAUAUCCCCAAGGACGGGUGCGACCCGAAGAAGGGCGGUGCGGAUUGCCUUGGAAUGUGCCUGUAG